UAAAUAUGGACCAAGCAGCUGUAGUUUGCGGCUGCGCUGAGAGGUUUGUCCUAGAUUGGGUUAAUGCGAAGGGUAGGCGCCUUGCUUACGACUACGCGGAAACAGUCAUUGGUAACAGUAACAGAAACGUGGUGUGUCAAAAGAAACUGUUUUUUGUUUUAUUUAUUUAAGCAAGAAAUAUUUUUAGUUUUUAUACUACUAGUCACGGAUAUGCCUAGAUACGAGCUAGCUUUGAUACUCAAAACAAUGCAAAGGGAAUAAAACACUAGGCUUUACUAGACUGUCUGCUGCAACUACUGUAAGAAUUUCUCCUGUACGCCAUCCCAGUAAAUGGCCUUGGAUUAUCAUUAACAUAAAUUGGACAACGGAAAUAGUUUUUUUUCUUUUUUUUUACCGCCCUGGGAUCCUACAGUUUCCUAGACAGCAAACCAAAGGACAAAGUGUUUGUUUGACCUGCAUGAACUCAGUACUGUGUUUUUAGUUUUGAGCACACUGGAUUUUGGUGUAAGACUGACUUAGUAUUUAGAAAAAGAAUGAGGCCUUCAAUGGAAGCUGCAGAUAUUGCCGUUGUGGCACUUUACUUUGUGCUUGUGGUGUGCAUUGGCUUCUUCGCCAUGUGGAAGUCCAACAGAAGCUCUGUGAGUGGGUACUUUCUGGCAGGACGGUCCAUGACUUGGUUUGUUAUUGGGGCCUCCUUAUUUGUCAGUAACAUUGGCAGUGAACAUUUCAUUGGGCUUGCAGGAUCUGGAGCAGCAAGUGGGUUUGCAGUAGGAGCUUGGGAAUUCAAUUCACUUUUGCUCCUGCAACUUUUGGGAUGGGUAUUUAUCCCUGUCUACAUCAGGUCAGGGGUCUACACCAUGCCAGAAUACCUAUCCAAGCGUUAUGGUGGGAAAAGAAUAAAGAUCUAUUUUGCUGCUCUGUCUUUAUUGGUAUACAUUUUUACGAAAGUUUCUGUGGCCCUUUAUGCUGGAGCACUGUUCAUCCAAGAGUCAGUGGGAUGGAACUUGUACCUGUCUGUAAUUUUGUUAAUUGGCAUAACAGCCUUGCUGACUGUUACUGGGGGGCUGGUGGCUGUAAUCUACACAGACACACUACAGGCUUUCUUGAUGGUUGUUGGAGCCCUAAUCCUCAUGGUCAUCAGCCUUGUAGAGGUUGGGGGGCUUGAGGAAGUCAAGACCAAGUACAUGCAGGCCACUCCAAAUGUGACCGCAAUUUUGGCUGCCUACAACUUCAGCUACACCAACAGCUGCCACAUUCAUCCAAAGCCGGACGCACUAAGAAUGUUGCGUGAACCCACUGAUGAGGACAUUCCCUGGCCUGGAUUCCUCUUUGGCCAAACCCCGGCUUCAGUUUGGUACUGGUGCGCUGACCAGGUCAUAGUCCAGAGGGUACUUGCAGCAAAGAGCAUUGCUCACGCCAAAGGGUCAACCUUAAUGGCUGGCAUCCUAAAAGUCCUUCCGAUGUUCAUCAUUGUGAUCCCUGGGAUGAUUUCAAGAAUACUGUAUACUAAUGAAAUUGUGUGCAUCAGCCCAGAGCAUUGCAUGGAGGUCUGUGGUAGUCGAGCAGGUUGCUCCAACAUUGCUUACCCUCGCCUGGUGAUGAACAUUCUUCCUGUAGGCCUUCGUGGUUUGAUGAUGGCUGUAAUGAUUGCAGCCUUAAUGAGUGACUUGGAUUCCAUAUUCAACAGUGCCAGUACCAUCUUCACUCUAGACAUCUACAAGAUAUUUAGGAAAAGUUCUACUUCCAGAGAGCUUAUGAUUGUUGGACGUCUUUUUAUGGUUUUCAUGGUGGCUGUCAGCAUAGCAUGGGUUCCAGUCAUUGUGCAGAUGCAGGGUGGCCAGAUGUACCUCUAUAUUCAGGAGGUUUCAGGCUAUCUCACUCCACCUGUAGCAGCUCUGUUCCUGCUAGGAGUCUUCUGGAAGCGCUGCAAUGAGACAGGGGCAUUUGCUGGCGGUAUGACCGGUUUCCUUUUAGGGAGCAUAAGGUUAGUUUUGGUUUUUUUUUACCAAGCCCCAGACUGUGACCAACAAGACAACAGACCAGCCUUCAUCAAGUCCAUUCACUACAUGUACGUGGCAGCCUGCUUAUUCUGGAUCACUGGAAUCGUUACAGUGGUUGUGAGUCUCCUCACCCAGCCCCCUACAAAAGAGCAGAUCCGGACCACUACUAUCUGGGGGGUUUGGAACAAGGAUGUGAAGCUUGCCCAUCACAAGGAAGAAUCCUACAAGUUUACUGGUAAGAACCCUGUUGAGAGCAACAGGACAUCGGAGCACAAAGAGCUGCCCAAUGGAUUGCACAGAGAGAAGAUCGUUGAUGGCACUGAUGUUAAACUUCUGGACUUGCAGGAUUCCACCACCCCUGAUUGUUUGACUCCCUGUCCAUCUGAGGAUCAGACCCCCAUGGAACAUUCUGGGAAUGGGCAGGCGAGUCUCAUGAGCCGAGCCUGUGAAAAGGAUGAGCAGUCUGAGAGAACCAGCACAUGCUGGAAAGUGGUCUACUGGUUCUGUGGUUUGAAAGGCCAAUCUAUCAAGACUCCUCCCAGAGACCCGAUAGAAGAAGAGGCUCGAUGUCUGGAAAUGCUUUAUGAGCCUCCAAAAAUCAAACUGUUGCUAAAUGUAAUGCUUUUUGUGGUGUGCUCUUUGGGCGUAUUUCUGUUUGUUUGUUUCUCUUUGUAGUCCUCUUGCUAUCCCAAAAAAAGGUUUUCCAUUUACAAGCUGUUGAAGUCUGUAAUAUUUACAGUAUAUUUAUAAAAUAGGAGUAAGCAAACUUCUUUGUUUAACAUUGCAGCUUGCAUAUAUUCAAAUCGCCAUAGUGUGUGUGCUUUAGUGAAUAAUAAAACCAUUUGUAAAUCUUUGCACAGUAGUUCUGUCCCGUAGACUUUGUAAAGAAGACAAUUUGAACUAAUGACCAAAAAAUGUUAGAACUUUGUUCAUAGCUUGAACUACCAAAAUACGUAGCUUAACUUUGCUUAAAGCAGUACAUUAUGAGAAUCUUAAUUUCUUGCACUAAAAUUUAAUAUAAAAAAAGCACUGUAAAAGAGGGAAGGGGUGGGCAUUGUCUGGCUCCUGUUAAAAUACUUUCCCAAAAAAAUAAACUGGUUUACAGUAUUAUUGGGAUGUCAUAUAGGCUUAUAUGUUGCUGUGAAAAUAGUUUUCUAGUUCUUCCUGAAGAUGCAUUUUAAAUUUGUGAGCAGUUUGUAGAUGUGCACUGUCCAUGAUGCUUUUAUCCAAAUGCACUCCGCGCUGACAAGUCAGUUGUGUUGUCUGGUGGAGUUACUGAAUAGAUAUAAUUUAGCACAAAGUGUAAAAGGGUGGAUUCCCAUCUCCUUCAGAGACAAGAUGUCACAAAUUACAACCACAUUUUUACAUAUUGUAUUCAGUUUGUACUGAUCUGCUCGAGGUUAUUGAGCAACAAUUUAAAAGUAACAUUUCAGCUGUAAUAUGGGACCAUUCCCUCUUCCCUUUUUGUCUGUGAUGUUUUCAGUCAUUGAGUAAUUCUGGUUCGGCGCGUGCAGUGUAGCUGUCUCUGAUUUCUUGAAGGCAGUUGCUGAUGGAGCUGUAUAGAGACUUGGAUUUUCUGAGGGAGUCCAACCAGCUUGUAAAUCACUCCAUGCGAAAGGUUAUUGCCAUUGAUUGGUACUUGGCUGUGUAGGUGAGGGAGGCAAACUUUCUUGUGAAUUUAACAGGCUUCAUUAAAUAUCUGUGUUUACAAGCGUGUUAAAGGAAAUUUCUGAGAUGUUCUGAGUAUCUACACAGCCCAAGAUUCCAGAUGAUCCUGUGACUUUUUUCAGGUACAUUAGGGCAACAGAGCUGAAAGAAUGGUCUUGGCAUGAUGUCACAGCAGCCUGGCAAUAACAUUGUUACAUGAGUUUUUAAAUUCAGAACCUGAAUUGUCAUGAGAGGAUUGAUUGAUUUUAUGUUUUUAUUUUUGUGUAAAGUGAGCAGUUCCGAUGUUCUUGCCCUCUGCGGCCAGUUUGAGACUUCUAUAGAAUAAGUCCUUUUAUUGGUGAAGCACCAGACAAAGAUUGAAAACAUCAUAAAGUAAUUUUUGGUAACUUUUGGGUCCUUCCAUUGUAAAACUGACCAAUUGUAACUUGUUUUAUUGUAUUUCAGAUUUAUUAAUGAUUAACAUUCUAAUUGAGCUACAGAAUUUUUUUUUUUUUUUCCAAAUGCUGUACAGUGACACAUCAUUCAAAAACUGAAGUCCAAUCCCAUCUGCCCUUUCACAUUGAUUUGCCCCUACCCACUUGUUUUUUUUGUAUGGUUUUCCUCCAAACCCAGAAUGUUUGAAAAUUUUAAGGAGUUUUUUGGACACGGAUACUUGACUAAUGUCCUUGAGCAUUAUCCCAUGAUUUAAGUAUGACAAGACGGUUUUCUCUGCCCUUUUUUUUUUAAACUUUCUAACUGUUCAUUGGCUAGAACCAGGGUUACUUGUAUCUUUCGUCAAAGUUCCAGUAUCACAGAAGUGUAUCUAGUCUGCUGUGCCACCUGUGUGCUAAACGUGCUUUCACUUCUCAAAAUACACUAGUAGUUUUUCUGCUACAGAAACAGUGCGACAACAAAUGAAAUCUGUCAGUUUCGAUGGAUUAAUAUAUAUAUAUAUAUAUAUAUAUAUAUA